AUGCUCGGGCCUCGGCUGCUCUUGCUGCUGUCCUGCGCAGGACCGCUGCUUGUCACUGGUCUGCACACUACCUCCUUCACCAGCCCAGGAUCCCGGGAUCCAACGGACUCUCUACAGACAGCCCCUGGCAAGGGCCAGUGCUCCACCUGGGGAACCAGCCACUUCUCCACCUUUGAUGGCCGUGCGUACGAGUUCUCUGGAACAUGCAACUAUGUGCUGGCGGCCACCUGCAGGGAGGCCUCGCCCACCUUCAGUGUCCAGCUGCGGCGAGGGGUGCGCGGGAGCGUCUCCCGCAUCAUUGUGGAGCUGGGGGCCACCGCCGUCACAGUGAGCAAGGGCUCCAUCUCUGUCAAGGAUGUCGGCGUGGUCAGCCUGCCCUACACCCGCAAUGGACUCCAGAUCACACCACAUGGCCACAGCGUGCAGCUGGUGGCCAAGCAGCUGGAGCUGGAGCUGGUGGUCACAUGGGGCCCAGACAGCCACCUCAUGGUCCUGGUGGAGAGGAAGUACAUGGGCCAGAUGUGCGGGCUGUGCGGGAACUUCGACGGGAAGGCCGACAACGAGUUUCUGAGCGAGGACGGCAAACUCCUGGAACCCCACAAGUAUGCCAUACUCCAGAAACUGGAUGACCCCAAUGAGAUCUGCUCCCACGAAGCCAUCCCAAGAGUCUUCAUCCCGCAGAACGCACAUGCCAGAAUCUGUGCCCAGCUGCUAGACCUGGUGUCCCCUGAGUGCAAUGUGCCCAAGGAGCCACUGUUGCUGAGCUGCCAGGCAGACAUGGCUGAGUGCGACUGGCCAGGCCAGCGGAACUGCAGCUGUGCCACACUGUCCGAGUACUCCCGCCGGUGCCGCAUGGCGGGCCAGCCGGUCAGCCGCUGGCGAAGUCCCGGCUUCUGCUCCCUGGGCCAGUGCCCAGCCAACCAGAUAUACCAAGAGUGUGGCACGCCCUGCAUUGGAACCUGCUCCAACCCACAGCACAGCUGCUCUAGCACCUGCACCUCUGGCUGCUUCUGCCCCGACGGUAUGGUGCUGAAUGAUCUCACCACAAACCACACCUGCGUGCCCAUCAGCCAGUGUCCCUGCAUGCUCGGAGGGGCGCUCUACCAACCAGGACAGGCCACCAGGGCUGCCUGCCGCACCUGCCAGUGUUCCAUGGGGCGCUGGGCAUGCACGGAGAAGCCUUGCCCUGGCCACUGCGCCCUGGAAGGCGGCUCCUUCGUCACCACGUUCGACGCCAGGCCCUACCGCUUCCACGGAACCUGCACCUACAUUCUUCUCCAGAGCCCCUGGCUUCCCGAUGAGGGAACUCUCAUGGCUGUGUACGACAAGUCGGGCUAUUCGCACUCAGAGACCUCCCUGGUGGCCGUCGUCUACCUGUCCAGGAAGGACAAAAUCAUGAUCUCUGAGGAUGAAACCAUCACAAACCAUGGAGACACCAAGUGGUUGCCAUACAAGACUCACAACAUCACCAUCUUCAGACAGACCUCCACCCACCUCCAGAUGGCCACCAGCUUCGGGCUGGAGCUGGUGAUCCAGAUGCAGCCGGUCUUCCAGGUGUACAUCACCGUCAGUCCCCAAUUCAGAGGCCAAACCAGAGGCCUCUGCGGCAACUUCAACGGGGACACGACCGACGACUUCACCACCAGCGCGGGCCUGGGUGAAGGCACGGCCUCUCUCUUCGUGGACUCCUGGCGAGCAGGGAACUGUCCGACCGCCCUGGAGCGCGAGACGGACCCCUGUUCCAUGAGCCAGCUCAACAAGGUGUGUGCGGAGACCCACUGCUCCAUGCUGCUGAGGAAGGGGAGCGUGUUCGAGAAGUGCCACACAGCGGUGAACCCCCAGCCCUUCUAUAAGAGGUGCGUGUACCAGGCUUGCAACUACGAGGAAACCUUUCCGCACAUCUGCGCCGCCCUGGGGGCCUACGCCCAGGCCUGCUCCUCCCGAGGGGUCCUGCUCUGGGGCUGGAGAAGCAGCGUGGACAACUGCACUGUCCCUUGUUCCGGGAACCGCACCUUCAGCUACAACAGCACGGCGUGUGACCGUACCUGCUUGUCUCUGUCGGACCGCACGGCAGAGUGCCACUCCAGCUCCGUGCCGGUGGAUGGCUGUAACUGCCCCGAGGGCACCUACCUGAACCACAAGGCUGAGUGUGUCCGCAAGGCCCAGUGCCCCUGCCUGCUGGACGGCUCCAAGUUUGUCCUGGCUGACCAGUCCACCAUCAUCAAUGGGGCCAUCUGCUACUGCACCAACGGACGGCUGAGCUGUCCACGGCAGCAGGAGAUGUUCUUGGCAUCCUGCAUGGCCCCCAAGACAUUCCAGUCCUGCAGCCAGUCCUCAGAGGACAAGUUUGGAGCCGCCUGUGCCCCCACGUGUCAGAUGCUGGCCACGGGCAGCACAUGUGUGCCAACCAAGUGCGAACCCGGCUGCGUCUGCGCCAAGGGGCUCUAUGAGAACCCCCAGGGGCAGUGCGUACCCCCGGAAGAGUGCCCGUGUGAGUACGCAGGGACCUCCUACCCCGGGGGAGCCGAGCUCCACACGGACUGCAAGACCUGCACCUGCUCACAGGGGAAGUGGACCUGUCAGCAAAACGCCCACUGCUCGGCCACCUGCGUCCUCUACGGCGAGGGUCACAUGAUCACUUUUGAUGGACAGCGAUUCGUGUUUGAUGGCAACUGCGAGUACAUCCUGACCACAGAUGGCUGUGGUGCCAACAGCUCACAGCCCACCCUCAAGAUCCUGACAGAGAACGUCAUCUGUGGGAACUCAGGCGUCACCUGCUCUCGGGCCAUCAAGAUCUCCGUGGGCGGCCUGUCCAUCACCAUGGCAGACAGGAAUUUCACGGUCAGCGGACGGGAGCCCGCCGUGCACUUCCAGGUGAAGCCCAGCAACCUGAACCUCAUUCUGGACCUGGGGAUGCCUGGGAGGUUCAACCUGACCCUCAUCUGGAACAAGCACAUGAGCGUCUCCAUCAAGAUGUAUCGCAUCUCCCAGGACCCGCUCUGUGGCUUGUGUGGCAACUACAACGGAAACAUGAAGGACGACUUUGAGACGCGCACCCAGUACGUGGCACCCAGCGAGCUGGAGUUCGUGAACUCGUGGAAGGAGAAUCCGCUGUGCGGGGACGCCAGCUACGUGGUGGACCCUUGCAGCAUCAACACCUUCCGCCGCUCCUGGGCAGAACGCAAGUGCAGCAUCAUCAACAGCCAGAGCUUUGCUGCCUGCCACAGCAAGGUGUACCACCUGCCCUACUAUGAGGCCUGUGUGCGGGACACGUGCGGGUGUGACACGGGGGGCGACUGCGAGUGUCUGUGCGAUGCGGUGGCCGCCUACGCCAAGGCCUGCCUGGACAAGGGCGUGUGCGUGGACUGGAGGACCCCGAGCUUCUGCCCCAUCUACUGCGACUUCUACAACACGCACAAGCACGUCGGCAAUGAGUACCAGUACACACCGACAGCCAACUGCACGUGGCACUACCAGCCCUGCCUGUGCCCCGGCCGUCUGGAGAGCUUCCCGGACACCAACGUCGAAGGCUGCUAUAACUGCUCCCAGGACGAGUACUUCAACCACCAGGAGGGGAUCUGUGUGCCGUGCACGCUGCUGCCCACCACACCACCAACCACCUCAGGCCCACAGCCCACGGAGGUCCUGCCCACCACCCCCGGGGUCAGCUCGGGCCCCCCAGCUCUGCCCACAGGCCCCGUGCAGACCGCAAGCCCGGCCACCGCACCCUCCACUCCACCCUCCUCCCCUUCCUCCCCGGAGGGAGGGACAACUGUGACCACACCCAGGAAAUCCACCGUGUCCUCUGGAGCCACUACGGCUCAGGAGCAAGGACCAAGCACAGGGACGGGGUACACCAGACCACCGCCGUCCGAUCAGAUCAUCCUCACCACCCAGCAGCACGGCACGGAGUCCACAACACCCCACACCUGGUCCACCCUCACCUCCCACAACUCACAGCCCUCAUCAGCCCUGGCUGCCUCCACCCAGGCCCCCCAAGGAACGUCGCCACACCCCACCACCACCCCCCAAACACCGUCCGGCCCCCAAACCCCCUUGCCCUCUCUGUUCCCCAGCUCGACCUCCGCCUCCACUCCUAGUUCACAUGAAGCCACCAUCACAACCAGUGCACACCUGGGCCCUUCAGCCUCUACCGCCCAAACCACAGCAGUCCUGCCCAUUACCACAGUGAAGACCACAGGACCCACACUCACAGCUCAGACCCAGGCCUCGGGCACCACCGCUACCACCCAGUCCCACAGCUCACUCACCCCCAAGACCACCUCGGCCCACCUCCUGUCCCAGCCUUCCACCCUGCAUCACCCCACAUCCACGGAGAGCCCCACCACUAGAGCAACAGGAAGGCCACCAGCCAACACCGGCUCUGCCUCACCCAGCACACACUCCCCAUCCACCACGUCUGUCUCCACCACAGCACACUCCACAGGUCCCCCAACAGCAACUCCCCUGCAGACCACCAGCACCCUCUACACCCCUUCCACACCCCAGACCUCUCUGACCUCUCUGCUCCCAACAUCCUCCUCCUCCUCCUCGUUCUCCUCCUCCGGGCCUCCAAGCUCCCACAGGACUAUCCCCCCCAGUGUUUCCCCCGCGGUCUCCGGCAUCUCUUCGUCAGGGUCCACUGACACCCUCCUUCCCGCCAGCCCCGUGUCGGGCACAGGGCCAGCACCCACAACUCCGCCUCUGACUCCCAGCACGGCGGCUCCCUCCGCGCCCCACAGCUCACUCAGCACAGACAGAACUUCUACGCCCACCCGGGGCCCCCUGUCUUCUCCUGGCAGCCCUGCGCUCAGCCCUCCGCCCUCUUCCCUGACUACUCUGCACCCACACCCGAGCCUGGCCACCUCUCCUCCUCCCGCGAGCUUUCCUCCUUCAUCCACGGUUUGGCCCAGGACAUCACUCUCUCUUCCCACCCCUACGGUCCCGACCACGCUCCUUGCUUCCUCCACCGCCCCGCCCGCUUCUUCCCCCCCUCCCACCUCUCAGUACGCUCCCACCCCCUCCUCCGUGCCCCCCUCCCCGUCUGUUACCCGGCCCACCGCGCUACCGCCCUCUUCCUCUCCUACGGCAGCCUCCACUGCGCUCAACACCCCCCUCUUGCCUCUGGCCUCUUCGCCUUCCCCCCCUCAGCUGCACGCCUCGCCCACCACCCACGCGCCUCCCGCCUCCACUCCCGACCUGCUCACUAGUGCCAGCGCUCUGUCUACAUGGAGGACCACACUCCACAUUCCCACAUCCUCUGCCUCUGCCUCUCAAUCCACCACCGCCCAGGUGACCUCUCUCACCACCCACACCCCCUCCGCGGGCCCCCUGCCGUCCACCCUGGCCACGAUCACCUACCCAGGCGCCACAGUCACCAACCUGACGACCAGGCCCCCUGGGGCCACCCAACUGCCUACCUCUAUGUUCCCGGCCGGCUCAAGCCCUCCCACUGGAAGUCCUUCCGCAUCUACCCCGAAGCCUCCAGCCCCUACCAGCCCCUGGGGCUCCUCAGCCAUGACCUCUCCACCCAGGCCAUCUGGGCCCUGUGGCCUGUUGGAGCAGGAGCGGCAGAUCACCUACCAGGGGUGCGAGGUGAACGUGACCCUGACUCACUGCGAGGGCCUGUGCUCCUCUUCGGUCAGCUUCAACACCGACACGCUGCAGGUGGACACCCACUGCAGCUGCUGCUACCCGCUCGGCACCCAUGAGAAGCAGCUCCUGCUGCCCUGCCCAGACCCCAGCGCACCAGGCCGGCAGCUCACACUCACCCUACAGGUGUUCAGCGGCUGUGCGUGCCGCCCGUGGAACUGCAGAGACUAA